GCGCCCCUCUGGUCGUGACGGGGCCCCGGGGCUGCGGAAAGUCCACCCUGGUGGCGCGGGCGGCGCAGUGCUGCGCGUCCUGGGCGGGCUCGGCGGCCGCGGCGGGCUCCGGCUCCGGGCCGCCCCUGCUCGCGCUUCGCUUCUGCGGGGUCUCCGCCGACUCCAUGACCCUGGAGCGCGUGCUCGCCAGCAUCGGCCACCAGUGCCAGCUGCUGUGCGACGGCGGCCACUGCUGGGCGAGCCAUUCCGUGGACAGCUGGAAGCAGCAGCUGCCAGACCUGCUGGCGGGCGCGGCUGCUAAGCGCACCUUGGUCGUGAUGGUGGACGGCUUGGACCAGCUCAAGUCGUACGGCGCGCUCGUGACUGACUGGGUGCCCGCCGAGCUGCCCGUCAACGUGAAGCUCGUCGUCACGCUCUGGGAGGGCAGCCCGCUCCUGGGCGAACUCAAGGAGAAGUCGACCGUCAUCCAGAUGCCGAAGCUGGACCAGGCCGAGGCGGCCAGCAUCCUCAACGCGUGGGUGAUGCAGUACAACCACAGCGUGCCGAAGCGCGUCCAGGACUCGGUGCUGGCGUCGGUGCGCGACUGCACGCUGCCGCUGUACGCCAAGCUACUGGCCUGGCAGACGUCCUGGGAGUGGGAGCAGGAGGUGACGCCGCGCGGCAACGUGGACGACCAACUCCACCACCUGCUCGACCAGCUCGAGGCCAUCCUGGGCAAGGAGCAGGUCGCGUACGGGGUGGCGCUCCUAUGCGUCGCCAAGUAUGGCGUCAGCGACUCGGAGAUGCUGGACCUCCUCGCCCACGACCCCAUCUUCCACUCGUCCUCCACGCACGUGGCCUGGGCGCCCGCCUGCCUGUUCUGGGCGCGGCUCAACAAGCUCCUGGCCCCCUUCCUGCAGUGGGUGAUGUGCGGCGACGAGCUGGUGCUGCAGUGGCGCGACGCUACGAUCCGCGCGGCCGUCGAGGCCCGUUACCUCGACAAGAACGCCAAGGCCAAAGCAGCCAAGGCCCUGCUUUUCUACUUCAAGGGGUCUUGGUGGUCGGAUCGGUCGCCAGCGCUCCUGGGCAGGCUGCAGCCCAUGCCCAACCUGGCGGACAAGUGGUAAGGGCGCGCGCGCGCCAUGCGCACGCCAUGCAUGCCAUCAACUCCAGCCUUCGCAUGAACAUUCCGCUUGGCUUGGGCUCGGCCCUCUUCGUGCGUUUGGUCGGUGGAGACUCCCUACGGAUCGGGUUCUGGUGACCAGCGGGCCUUGCAUGAAAGACUAUUUGUGUGAGUGUACGCUGCUGCUGUUCGAACUGCUGCCCCCCUGAAUUUCUUGGUGCAUUUUUUAAAAUAAUUGUUGGCUCUGUAGUGGUUGGUACGAGGGACUGUUGUGACAAUUUUGUGUUAUUUCUGUGCGCUGAAUGUGGAAUUUGAGCAUGCUACGUUGAGCUGUUUAGCGAUCUAUUGACUUAACUUCGACUUUGUG